AUGUUAGUGGGUUCGAAUCUGUGCAACCCGGGUAUGUUGUUCCCCGGGUUCAUGAACAAUCAGUUCAUUAUUACGAACCAAUCGGGUCAAGGAUCGGCAGUGAGUUCUAGCCCUCCGACUCCAGUGCAUAAUGCUUCCGAAGACAAACGAUCUUCCCCUCUUACGCCUUCGGAACGAACGGGAGCACCCCCAGGGGCCGGCAAGGAUGCUGUCAAGCUUUUCAUUGGCCAGAUCCCUAGACACCUCGAGGAGAAGGACCUCCGACCGAUGUUCGAGGAGUUCGGAAAGAUUUAUGAGUUGACUGUACUCAAAGAUAAGCACACUGGGAUGCAUAAAGGUAUUGGUUGUAAUGUAAACUAUGUUGUUUUUACGUACGAACGUACUGCUACAGUCUUUUGA